UUUUGUGAAAGGAGAACACUAUCAAUUUUUUUCUUUUUUUUUAAUAUAGAAAUUGUUCAAAGGGCGCUAAGAAGAUUCUUAUAGAAUGGUUUCAACAAAUAUUUAUUUGAUUAAACGAACAGCUACACUUUCAUAACCAUUUCCAAUAUGUCGAAACUACAGUUUUUGAAUGUGUUCGUUACCGAGCGUUUGUCGACAGCUGCUGUGGAGAUAUUCGUGGUCGUAGAGAAGAUUAUAGCAGAGCAUCAGGAAGAAAUCUGCCGUUCAGCAAAGGAGAACGAGCGUCUACGGAGGCUGUUGGACAUGGCUACCAAACCAGAGAGAAUCUCACACGUAGCAGACUUCCAGCUACUGACUCCUGUCGUUCCCCCUGAGCAGCAGGAGUGGAGCCCCAGUCUAGAGCAGGAGGACACAGAACCCACACACAUUAAAGAGGAACAACAGGAGCUCAGACUCAGUCAGGAGGACCCAUCUCAUCCCUCACAUCAUUACCAAAACCAAACUGUGGAUGGAGAGAUGAGCGCUCUACCUAUCAUCAUAACUGAGGAGAUCAAAACAGAUCCUGAUGUAGAGGGAUACAGAGUACCACAACCAACCAGUGAUCAGCCCCUUUCAGUACAUCCAGACUGCUCUGCUGCAGUGGAGAAGCCAUAUCAGUGUAAACAAUGUGGCAACAGCUUCACACGUAAGGGACACUUGACCAUUCAUUCAAGGACACACACGGGAGAGAACCCCUAUCAGUGCAAACAAUGUGGCAAAAGGUUUAACCAGAAGAGCAACUUGACCAUCCACACAAGGGUACACACAGGAGAGAAUCCAUAUCAGUGCAAACAAUGUGGCAAAAUGUUUAACCAGAAGGGACACUUGACCGUUCAUUCAAGGAUACAUACAGGGGAGAGACCAUAUCAGUGUAAAGACUGUGACAAAGCCUUCAACCAGAAGAUAGAAUUGACAUUGCAUAUGAGAGCUCAUACAGGAGAGAGACCAUAUAUCUGUCCUGUAUGCAAGAAAGGUUACAUCGCAUUAAGCUAUUUAAGACUUCAUCAGCGUGUUCACAAAGGGGAGAAAUCUUACCAGUGCAAAUAAUGUGGCAAAUGCUUUGGUUAUAAAGGAAGCUUGAAGUCUCAUAUGAGCACUCACACAAAAGCUUCAGCCUGAAGUGAGAACAACAAAUGAUUACUCACUUGAAUUUCUUGUUAAUAAUGAUUAACAACUUGUAAAUAAUAAUUAUAUUUCCUGCCACUUGACAACAAAAUAAAUGUAGUUGUGUGUUAAAGGUUUUGUUUUUCAAUUUAUGUUUUCAGGUUGGACUUUAGGAUGUAUAGCACUUUAGCACGUUGGAGGCAGCGAUUUGUGUCACCUCGUUAGUCAGUAUGUGUUACACCUGUGCUGGCCCUUGUGCUAUUUAAGAGUGGCUGGCCCAGUGCUUCAGUUGCCUUGAAAUGUGGAUGUUCGGUUAACACCUUUUUAGUUGGCUCUCCCUAUUUCAUUUAUAGAAAAUGUUUCAUUUGUCUGAUCUUCCCUGUAUUUGUUUUGCUCAACUUUUUGGUUUGCUUCCUGUCUUAAGUUUGGUGUGGGUUUUUCUUGUGUUGGCCUCUUCUUGGGCAAUUUUAGUGGGUGCUCGUGGUGGUUGUCAUUUACGUUCCAGUUGUUGUGACUAGUCAACUUUCAGUGGAUACCCCAAUGAGUGUCUUUCAGAACCCCUCGUAAAACCCUGCCUUUUUUGUUUUGGUUGUCAGUGACUUUUUGUUACAUCCCCCUUCUGUUUGAGCACCGUUAUGUGGUUUUGUAGCUGAGGAAAGUAACAAUGUGCGUGUGGAGUGUAAAGCAUCACUCUAUCCAAUUUGUAAGCUCAUUGUAAACCCAGGUGAAAAGUGAUUGCAUCAGUUUGAGACUAUGCUGCCUCACGGGUGUUUUCCAAUCACAUGACAGGUCAUAGCCAGGUGCACCGCGGUUCAGCCUAAUCAAACUCCCUCACUGCUGUAUCUAGCACAGAGCACACAUUUGGAUUUCUGAACAACGAGUUCUUAUUGUUUAACAAUAACAUACAGGAUAUUUGGGCCACUAUCUUCUAUCUGUACUGAUGUUAGAAUAUUGAAGUAGCCUAUUACGUAUUUGACAAUCUAUAUAAUGCAGCAAAUAAUUUGUUGUAAUAAAGUACUUUAAAAAUAAUGGAUGCCAUUCAUAUUGGAGGAUGUAUUAAACCUGCCUAUUUCCUGCCUCCUACCCCAACCCUAUCCUGACCCAUUAGGCAGAUGGGAAUGUAUCUGGGCCUGUUUUCAUGAAGCAUUUUGGAUGAGUGCUAAUCUAGGAUCAGAUCACUCCUGUCUGUUCAUUAUAAUUGAAAAAGCUAAACUUAUCCUAGAUCAGCACUCCUACUUUGAAACGCUUUGAGAACACAACCCCUGACCCUGUGUUACUGUUUAGGAUCAACAUUUACCUCCUCCCAGUUGGUGCAUCAAAGACAUUACAGUAUGAAGAUGGGUAGAAACUGCUUCUCCAAUAGAAAUCCCGAUCACACUUUUAGGCGAUGCAAUGGCGACAUUGUGAAGGCGCAGAAACGUCAUUGGGUCUUACGGUCGCACCGCCCCGAACUGCGCAUGUGCAAAUCAAAGGCACUCUUUUGAAAUAAAGUUGUUUUUGACAAA